AUGACCUGUUCUACAGUACUGCGGAAGAUUCGUGAUGAUCCGUGGGCAAUUAUCAACAGAUGCGCAGGUACAGAUGACAUGCCCCAUGGAGUUGAUACCAUACCUUCCCAGAGUUCUCUUGCCGUACAAGGACCAUUGUCGUACUACUUACUUGAAACUGGAAAAAAGUGGAAGAGAGAAUGUUCCUUGUCAGUAAACCCGGCAAGUUGGAUGACUGACAAAAUUAAAGAAUUGAACAACAUAGAAACGCAUGCUGCCAUCUACAAGACAUGGGACGAAAACGAAAGAGAGGAUAACUUGUUUCUUCGUCGUCAAUCAAGGCUUGUCGCCCACUUAAAAUCACUAGGAUGGGAACCCGAGCUCUCUCUUAUGAGCGAAGACGGUUACGAAGAUCUUUUUGAUAUACCUCAAAUUUAUGAUGCAUGCUGCAAUGAAUUGACUGAUACAGUAUUGAUUUCCAUGGGUCCGGACCUCAAUGUAUUGAUGAGCGAGUCCCGCGUGUUAAGACUGCAAGCCGAUCGCAGGGUGUUUCUGGAAAAUCGGCUGCCAAUAUUAUCCAAAGUCGCCAAAGAAUGUGCAGCGCAGUAUUCGCUGUACACUCCGACUCCCUCUGCAGCGGAUUUGUUUAAGGUACAGCUGGUGCGAGACCUAAUAGACGACACAUCAUUAGAACCUUUCACUUCGGCGCACCUCGAUCCCCUGCGUGUCAAUUACGCACAAAUUUCCCAUGAGUGGCGGACCCAGAUGGAAGGGAAGCUUAUAAGCCUGAUCAAAUCAGCCUGUGGCACUACAUAUAAUUUUGACGAAAGCAGCGUGCUUCGACUGGCAACAACUAUCUUCUCAUGCAAAACGUGCCGUAGCGACCACUUGCGGUAUCCUAAUGUCCUGGCCCAUUAUCAUGGUAUUCCAUAUGAACCAUAUAUUAGUGCUGAAAAGGCACUGGACGAGUUGGAACGUCGAUCACUUUCACAUCAUACCAGGAGCACGAUUUGGAACGACGAAAACGGUAUAUAUUUCAACAAAGAUCGCAUGCGAGCCAUGGCGGACAUUCUCGAGCAGUUUGGAUUUGAUCCGGCCGUGACUACCUCUGAGGAGAUGGAUGCAGCUGAUCCGAUAUUCGAAUGUGUAUCUUGCAACAGUCUCAUUAAGGGACGCUGUGUUUUAAGGUGGAAUAUUCUGGAUGAACAUCGCAUUGCACAUGAUCGACAAUUACUCCCCGGAUUGGGGUCCGUGUGCAACUAUGAAUUGCUUACUGGGGAAGAUGAGAUUGUAGCAAGAAGAAAGGAAGAGUGCGGUGCUACUCUUAAUGAACACGUAUGGAAGGAGCAUGGCAUUGCCGAACCAGGAGAUUCUGACAUCUUGAUUUCUCCCACAGCAAUGACAAACAACCAAAGCAGAAUGUGGCCGCCCCGAAAAAUCAAUUAUCUCGUGUCUCGUAAGUAG